AUGCCUCCGAAGAAAGAGCCGAAAACGCCGUUAAUGGCAGAAGGCCUCGACGACAGUAUGCUGAAGGACAUCUUCGAGUCGGACCAGGAUAUGUACCCCGCGCCGCUCACCUUGGAUCGCCUCCGCAGCUGGACAGAGGCGGCACCAGAGCUUGCGCAAUGCUUCUGGUUCACGGCCGUCAGAAGCGAGUGGAUGUCAUGGCCCUUGGCCGGUACCAUCAUCGCACUCCCUGUUCUAUCCUCAUUCUGGCGCGAUUUGCUGAUUGGCAGGCUCAAGGAGACGGACAUUGAUCCUGCAACCAUGUUUCCAGGCGAGAACGACCAAGAUGCAGAGAUUGGUCUGCAUGUAUUCCACAUCGAGAGAACCGAUGAGCCCCAGACCACAAUGAAGCUGCCUGGGUUCGGGAGGUUCGCGAUGAACUCUGUCGUCGAGGCUGCGGCGGAGGUAGGGUGGAAGGUGAUCGGGGAGUCGGCACUCACGGCCACAGGGGAUGGAAAACGGUUCUUCGAAAAGAUCGGGUUCGUGCCAACGGGCUAUGAGGAGUACUGGGUUGAAACCGGAUCAUCAUCAGGUGUUCAACUCGUGACUGUGUCCGCGGAUACCGCGUCCGAAACAAAGAUCCCAGAAAAAGAAACCAUCAAGGGACACGCGACGAUGAUGGCGACAACAAAACAUCUGCUGUCGGUAGAUGCUGCUUAA